AUGAAGCUUACUACCGCUCUUUUCGCUUUUACUGGACUCGCCGGUUUGGCCCUUGGCAAGGCGGUUAUUCAGAAUAUCGGGGUCAAUGAUGAAGUUGUUGUCCCAAACAGCUAUAUCAUCAUAUAUAAGUCCAGUGCAACCCCUAGGGAUAGGAAGAAGCACGAAGAAGCUAUUAACAAGAAGGCUAAAGGCAAUGGAAAAGAAGGUAUCAUUGAAACUAUUGAGCUUGAUGGUUUUAAUGGCUAUAUCGCCAAGAUGACCUCCUCAGAACUUAAGGAUGUCGUCAACUCUGACCUGGUUGCCAGUAUUGAAAAGGAUACUAUUCUCAACCUCACAGCUGUUGCUGCCCCUUCCUUCGGUCCGCUUAGAAAACGAGCAUACAUCCAACAGCUUAACUCUCCUUGGGGACUUGCGCGCAUCUCGCAACGCUCUAAUAAAAGAGGCCUAGACGCUCGAUACUACUAUGACACUACCACCAAGGCCGGCAUAAAUGUGUAUGUGCUUGACACAGGCAUUCGAACCACCCACAAAGAGUUCUCGGGCCGCGCCGUAUGGGGAGCCAAUUUUGUCCCUGGCUCUCCUAACAGGGACGAGAACGGGCAUGGCACGCAUGUUGCUGGCACUAUUGGCGGGAAAACCUUCGGUGUGGCCAAGAAUUGCAAUCUCAUUGCCGUCAAGGUGUGCGACAAAAACGGUCAGACUACUGCAUCCAUGGGACUGCAGGGUUUACAGUGGGCUGUCAAUCAUGCCAAGUCUAAAGGUCUUGCCAAGAAGAGCGUUAUCAACAUCUCCAUCACUGGCGACUACAGCGCUGCUGCUAACAGCUUUAUUAAGGCUGCUACUGAUGCUGGUCUUACUAUUGUCGUCUCAGCUGGCAAUAAAGGUGAUGACGCCUCAUUCUACUCACCAUCCUCUGCCCCAUCUGCUAUUACUGUCGGCGCUUCUGAUGCUGAUGACUGGCGCACUCCGUGGUCAAAUUUUGGCUCUUCGGUUGACAUCUUUGCGCCUGGUACUGGUAUCCUAAGCUCAUGGCACCUGAGCGACAGUAGUAGUAGGUAUCUUUCAGGGACGAGUAUGGCCGCGCCACAUGUUGCUGGUCUCGCGGCAUAUUUUUUCUCAAACGAGAGGAUUGAGGGUUAUGCUGCUGUUACUAGACGUAUUCUUGAUGCUGCUAUAAAAGAUUCUGUGAUAGACGCUAUGGGUAGUAGUAAUCGUCUUGCUUAUAACGCCAAUGGCAAAUAA